AUGGUUGGAGUUCUUAUCAUCUUUUCGACAGGAGCUAAUGCGAGCAUUGGUGUAAACUACGGUACACUCGCAAACAAUCUCCCACCACCGCAUCAAGUAGCGGAGUUCCUACUCCAUUCAACCGUCAUCAACCGUAUCCGCCUCUUCGACGCCGAUCCUCAAAUCCUCCGAUCAUUCGCUCACACCGGUAUCGCCGUCACCGUCACCGUCCCCAACGACCAAAUCCCACAUCUCACAAACCUCUCCUUCGCUCAACAAUGGAUCUCAAAUCACAUCCAACCUCACUUCCCAUCCACAAACAUCAUCAGAAUCCUCGUCGGAAACGAAGUCAUCUCCACCGCUAAUCACCUCUUCAUCAGAAACUUAGUCCCGGCGAUACAAUCUCUCCACACCGCACUCGUCUCCGUCUCUCUCCACCGUCGUAUUCAGAUCUCAACGCCGCAUUCUCUAGGAAUCCUCUCUGAUUCAACUCCUCCGUCGUCUGCUAAAUUCCGGCGAGGCUACGACACUCAUGUACUCAAGCCUCUCCUCAGCUUUCUCCGGACUACGGAUUCGCCGUUAGUCGUGAAUCCUUACCCGUUCUUCGGAUACUCAAUCGAUACGCUCGAUUACGCUCUGUUUAGACCUAAUCCAGGCUUAUUCGAUCAACAUUCGAAGGUUCUAUACACAAACAUGUUCGAUGCUCAGCUUGAUUCGGUUUAUUCCGCCAUGGAUCGGUUAGGGUAUUCCGACGUCGAGAUCGUGGUUGGGGAAAUCGGAUGGCCGUCGGAAGGAGACGAAGGACAGAUCGGCGUUGACGUCUCCACGGCGGCUGAGUUCAACAAGAAUCUGGUGGCUCGUGUGAAUUCCGGUAUCGGAACGCCGUUGAUGCCUAAUCGGACUUUCGAGACUUACAUCUUCGCGCUAUUCAAUGAGAAUCUCAAAUCAGGACCUACGAGCGAGCGUAACUUCGGUAUCUUCCGAUCCGAUUUGACUCCGGUGUAUGACAUCGGAAUCCUCCGGCCGACGGUAAGAACAUCGAAUCCGGAGAACAAUCCGCGAUCUCCGCCCGUUGGAGGAUCGUCGGAGAAGCGGUGGUGCGUGACGAAGUCCGGUGCAGAGACGGUGGCUUUGCAAAGAAACAUAGACUAUGUAUGUGGUUUGGGUUUGGAUUGUAGGCCCAUUAAUGAAAAUGGGCCUUGUUUCUUCCCUAACACAGUAAAAGCCCAUUCGGCGUACGCCAUGAACUUGUUUUACCAAACCAUGGGGAAACACGAGUUCGAUUGUGAUUUCGACAAGACUGGAGAGAUAACUAAGAUUGAUCCAAGUUAUGGAAGUUGUGAAUAUCAGGCUGGUCCAUUCGUAUGA